GAGCCAGCGGUCACGGAGGGAGUUGGAGCCCCGGAGCCUAGCGGUCGCACAUUUCAGUUUGGACUGGCCACAUUCCAAGUGCUCAAGAGUCACAUGGUCUUGGCUGCUGUGUUGGACAGCAGAGAAUCACGGUCAGCUGCACACAAAGCUUUGGCAGCGUGUAAGCAACUUCUUACCAAGAACCCAGGUCACCUCUAAGAAGGGGGCCUUAGGGAGAAGAAUAUCCAGAGGAAACCAAUGCCAGACGCGUCUGGAAUUACAGUCACCGCGGGCAGCAUGAGACAUUGUGUGCCAGCAUUUAUGUCCUCCUGGCAAAGACUGUAACUCUCCAGGUGGGAGGGUCCUGGAAGCAGCACACACCAGGAGCCUCCAGAGGAAGAAUGGAGCCAGAUGUGAACUUUCUACAAUGAACACAUUUUCAGCUUAUGAAGGAAAUUUGAGUAAAGCAAUUAUUUAAUUUCCACAUAUUCAAGUUCAGUGGCCUUCCGUGUGAAGUGCCAGCAGCCACCCCUCCACAGGAGUUACUAGGAUUUUUCUGGCACCAGGUUGAACUCUUCUUGGUACUUCUGGCAGUGACGGGUCUUCAGGACAGAUUUAUCUGCUAAAUGCUCUUGGGCAGGAAAAAAAUAAAACUGCCGAAAGCAGCGUAAGGGUAGCAGGACAGAGAUCCCUCCUUCACUGCUCACUUUCACAGAAACUCACCCUGGACACGGAUGCUUACCCUGAAGAUUGAUUCUGCCUCAUUCCCCUGCAAGCCCGUCUAUUCUGGAGAGAGCUGGCAUUUUUGGGCUGCCUCCUGUGGCCCUUCUUACUAUCCUCCUCCUCGCAAACUUACUCUUCAGGCCGUCAAAUGAUAUGAACUUUGGAAUGGAGUUUGUUAUCCUUUGGGGACUUGCUCCCUUUCCCGGGCUCUUGCUGUCUGAGAGGACCAUCUGAAGGCUGUGGUUUGUUCUUGGGGAGGAGGGCCUUGGCCUUGCCUGGAUCCUCCACCAUGUUCCUGUUGCUGCCUUUUGAUAGCCUGAUUGUCAACCUUCUGGGCAUCUCCCUGACUGUCCUCUUCACCCUCCUCCUCGUUUUCAUCAUAGUCCCUGCCAUUUUUGGAGUCUCCUUUGGUAUCCGAAAGCUCUACAUGAAAACUUUGUUAAAAAUCUUCGCGUGGGCCACCUUGAGAAUGGAGAGAGGAGCCAAGGAGAAGAACCAUCAACUUUACAAGCCCUAUACCAACGGAAUCAUUGCAAAAGAUCCCACUUCACUGGAAGAAGAGAUCAAAGAAAUUCGUCGAAGUGGUAGUAGUAAGGCUCUGGAUAAUACUCCAGAGUUUGAGCUCUCCGACAUUUUCUACUUUUGCCGGAAAGGAAUGGAGACCAUUAUGGAUGAUGAGGUGACGAAGAGAUUCUCAGCAGAGGAGCUGGAGUCCUGGAACCUGCUGAGCAGAACCAAUUAUAACUUCCAGUAUAUCAGCCUUCGGCUCACUGUCUUAUGGGGCUUGGGAGUGCUGAUUCGGUAUUGCUUCCUUUUGCCGCUCAGGAUAGCUCUUGCUUUCACGGGCAUUAGCCUUCUGGUGGUAGGCACAACCAUGGUGGGAUACUUGCCAAAUGGGAGGUUUAAGGAGUUCCUGAGUAAACACGUCCACUUAAUGUGCUAUCGGAUCUGCGUGCGAGCCCUGACGGCCAUCAUUACCUACCACGACAGGAAAAACAGGCCUAGGAACGGUGGCAUCUGUGUGGCCAAUCACACGUCUCCUAUUGACGUCAUCAUUUUGGCCAGCGAUGGCUAUUACGCCAUGGUGGGACAAGUGCAUGGUGGCCUCAUGGGUGUGAUUCAGAGAGCCAUGGUGAGGGCCUGUCCUCAUGUCUGGUUUGAGCGCUCAGAAGUGAAAGAUCGCCACCUGGUGGCUAAAAGACUGACUGAGCAUGUGCAGGAUAAAAGCAAGCUACCCAUCCUCAUCUUCCCAGAGGGAACCUGCAUCAAUAAUACAUCGGUGAUGAUGUUCAAAAAGGGAAGUUUUGAAAUUGGAGCCACCGUUUACCCUGUUGCUAUCAAGUAUGACCCUCAGUUUGGUGAUGCCUUCUGGAACAGCAGCAAAUAUGGGAUGGUGACAUACCUGCUGAGAAUGAUGACCAGCUGGGCCAUUGUCUGCAGUGUUUGGUACCUGCCUCCCAUGACCAGAGAGACAGAUGAGGAUGCUGUCCAGUUUGCCAAUAGGGUGAAAGCGGCCAUCGCCAGGCAGGGGGGACUCGUGGACCUGCUGUGGGAUGGGGGGCUGAAGAGGGAGAAGGUGAAGGAUGCAUUCAAGGAGGAGCAGCAGAGGCUGUACAGCAAGAUGAUUGUUGGGAACCACGAGGACAGGAGCCGGUCCUGAGCCCAUGGUCGCACCGGCUGGGGCUGCCGCGCCUGAAUCCUGACACGUGAGCCAGCUGGAGUUGUCGCCGCCUCUGCCCCCACUGCUGCAUCCUUUCCAGACUCCAGGGCUCUUCCGGCUGCUCUGGAGCCCAGGACUCCAGCUUCUUCAGAGCCGCCCCGGGAUCCUGGGCUGGCCGUCUGAAGUGAACAGUGCUGGGUGUUGCUGCCCAGGACGAGAUGCCUUCUUGUUUCUUGUACCAUAAGUCCGUUGGAGGAAUGCCAUUAAAGUCAGCUCUCCACCUGUGCGCAUGCACAGCUGAGUGGUUGGGGAAAACUGGCCCCAUUCCUGUAUCCGAGUUGUUAGGAUGUUGGUCUGUUACAGAUGGCCACCUGCCAGGGACUUUGCUGGGGAAAGGAUCUCCCCACCCAUGAGGAAAGGCACCACUGAGGCAGUGCGGCUCGCUUUAACCUGAACACCACCCGCCAGCCUUGGAGCUCUGCAGACUUGAUAAAAAGAAAACUUGUCUGCAGGGGUUUUCAGCAAAAUGAAGUUUUAAAUUCUUUGCUGCUGCCCACUGGCAGUAACCAAAGGGGAGGGGAAGAGGCAAGGUGGGCCAGUGACUGGUGUGCAGUGGCCGCCAAGAGGCAUUUUGCGCUCAAACUCCACGCUCACCCUGAACUCCAGUGUGACUUUCUCUUUGUUAACAUGUGCCUCAGUUUCCCUGUCUCUAACCUGGACCAGGAGGGGAAGGGUGGCGAUACGUACCUCACAGGGUGGUUGUGGGGGUGGGAGGCUACUGGGAGUGAAGGACAGGUCUGUGAAGAGCGGCAGGACAAGGUCUGAGCUCAGAGCUGCUGCCCAGGGCUUGGGGUUUGUUUUGUGAGUAAAUAAAAUUGUCUUCUGUGGUGAAUGAAUUGAGGGGUUUUUCCCUUCACUCUUUCUCCCCUAGAUGUACCCCUAAGCAACAGGUUUCUAAUCAGAGUUACAGUUCUCUCACUUGAACACCUGUAGAAUGUUGGGACUAGGAAAUCCACGUGACCUCUGGGAUGAGGACAGGUAUUGUUGGGAAGACGGUAAACGACUUGUGUGACAUCUGCAUCUCUCUCUGAUGAGUUUAGAGUUCUCAGCACAGACUGAGAUGUGGAUCUCUGCACAGGUGGGGACUCCACUGGUGGAGUUUGGGGAGAGAGUGAAGGUGGCAGGGGCAGCAUGGAGGUAAGGACAAUGGGAAGCAAUGAGGAAUAUGGGAGCAGGGAGGAGCAGCGGUUCUAGAAGGGUUGGCGAGGGUGGCAGGAGGGGCAACGAGAUCUUUGGUGCCCCUUGGGCUUCCAUCCGGCCAGAGAGAAACUGGGCUUCCUGCGCCCGCCUGCAGUCCCUGUGAGGGCAGAUCCGAAGCCAAGCAUCCCUUGCCAGCGCUUGCUUCCAGUGCCCACCAAUUUCAACAUCCCUUGGAGGAGAGCCUUGCCUCACCCCCGUUUGCCCAUCUCUCCAUCCCCCCGGCACCCUCCCCUGGCUCCAGCAUGGCAGUCACAACACACCUUCCAGGUCUUUGCACAAGCCAUUCUAAGUGUCACCUCUCCAAGGCUGCCCUCUGGGCCAUUUGGCGAUGGGGAAGUGAAGCCCUGCUCCUGAGGCAGCCGAUCUGGUGGCCUCUCCUCCCUGCCCUUAGUCUGACUCACCUCGGUGGCCUUCCGGUGCCACUGCCUCCCUGAACAGCCCCCAGCUCCUCCUCCCCGCCCUCUUGCUAGCCAGUGAGAAAUUCUUCUCUCUCUCAAAUAAAAACACUAUUAGGACUGUAAGAACAGGCUGUUAUGAACUCUUCUACAAAAUGUUCGGGAGUAAAGUGGUUUUCAGCUUACAGGAGGUGAUAUUUGCAGAGUUUAAAAGCUAUCCAGAAUGAUCUUUAAAAAUUGGGCUUGAAGAUCAAGUUCCCUUUUUAAAAAGCUGCCAUUUAGUGAUUCUCACAGGUGUUUUUUAAUACUUUGUUUUUAGUUUUCUCAUGUUCUUUUCAGCAAGCCUGUCCAUUGCUGAUGACCUAGCAGAGUGCUGGGGAGCUUGGUUCAGACCCCUGCUCCAUGACAAGUGCUCGUGGGGGCUGGGUAGCGUUUUGUUCCUCUCUCACUCAGCAGAGGGAGGCGAAUUACACCCCCAAAGAGAGAUCGCCCAAACUUAUUUGGUGCUUGUUACAAGCGUGCAGACUCAUCAGACUGCUCCAUCCUUUUAGAUUGGGGUCCCUGCAGGCCCCAUGUUAAUCCAGAAGUCAGAACACCUGGUUUGAGAUGACGGGGUUGGUCUUGAGUGGUGAACCUCAUGGCACUUAAGAAUAAGGACAAAGACGCAUGUCGAGUACAGAAUCCACUCUUGUGAGCCCGGCAGCGAUGAGGACAAUCUUGGAAGAAAACCAAAUGGAAUUACUUAGUGAGAUGAGCACACGCUGGCUUCUAGUCCCACUUCCAAACCUGCUACUCCUUUGCUGUUGUGACUGUAUUUCUCUAUUUCCUGAUCUGUAACUAAGGACUUGAGCUAAAUGACCUCCAAAGCCCGUUCCACCUCUGAAAUUUCUAUAAUUUUUAAAACCAUAGUUCAGGCUUUGGCUUUAAGCUCUCAAGUCAUCUGGGUUCAGAAAUAACUUCACAACUUUGGGGCUAGCGAAGCUCCGCUCCACUAGAGCGCGCCCCCGUGUGGAGGAGAGUCCUCAGUGUUUUAGGUGAUUGUGGGCCUGGCUAGGUUUGAUUGUGGAUCUUGGAAAGACUUUUUUCACUCAGACGUGAGGUGUUUUUUUCACCUAGUUAGAGAAGGAACUUUCUAAAAAGGCUAGUAAAAUUCCCCGACAGAGAAGCCUGUCAGCCAGGCCAGAGCUCAGCAAGCUAAGCUCGAUGGAGCAGUUUGAGGUGGCAUCCUUGUGACAUGGUAGAAGCAGCUUUGGAACUUGACUCUUCGCUCUGUCAGAGCCCACUUCCUCCUCCUGCCGGUCAGAGAUUAGAAGAGGCUUGAUGUGAGGUGGUGGGGAGUGCUCUGCAGAGCACUGAAUGCCCACGCCACACCAAUGGCAGGAGUCCUCGGGUGUGUCCCGUUUCAGCCCUUCAUAGCAGCACCUACCGGGUGUGCGCUAACUCUGUUGUUCUGCAUAAGUCUUCUGGGACUAUAAACCCUACCAUUUUCUUCCUGGAAUUGACCAAAAACUCAGCUGUCUGUGGGAUAGUGAUUCCAGCUGUGCCCUGAUGCAUGAGAGAGUCGACUGUGCCAUGGGUCCCAUCUGCCUGCUGUGCGUCUUGGGUGGGCACACUCGAUUUCUCCAGCCGCACUCACCGUGUGUGGCCUGGGACAUCUGGACUGCAUGGGCACCUGCACGCACACUGACUCCUGGACAGGUUCAGAGCUGACCAUCCCGCCAUCCAUCUUCCACUGCACUACCACCCCUCUCCCCCCAGUCAAUAUGUCUCUCUCCGAUGGGAAAGUUAAUAAAUUUUGCUCUAGAUUAAAAGUAUUGAUCAUUUCAUUUGUAAACGAUAAAUAAAAAGGGGGAACUUUUCAUUGCACCAGGAGUAGCGCCUGGUGUAUUUUGCUGGUGAAAUUGCGCCAGCUGUCGGGGGGCGGGCGUCUCAUAUGCAUUCUGGCCGGCCGGCUGCAUUGAUUUCCUAUUAGUCUCCCAGCACCACCCAGUAACACAUCAUUUCAGUACCUGCUAUUAAUGGUCUUUUGAUAAAUAAUCACUUGUAAGUCAAUAAAUUUUUAUUAAACAGUG